AUGGCCACCACGAAAACACCAUAUCAUUACUUUCAAUCUCAGAUUGGUAGCCCGUUAUUCCGCCUGCCUCCAGAGCUCCGCAUCAAGAUCUACAGAGAUGUUUUACUCAAGCAUGAGAGCACUGUCGAUCCAUGGCCGAUCUUCAUCACGCAAGACCACAGAAACAACCACUCUACGAUUCUCAGACACACUGAACUACUGCAGAGCUGCAAGAAAGUCCAUGCGGAGGCAGGGCCAGAUGCCUAUCGCCACAUCUGCCUUAAGCUGACAGAUGCAUGGAAGUCCCGCUUGCGCCUGGAACAGCUCGCAUACGGCAGCAACAUUCUGGCCAAUAUCCAGACUGUAGCCAUGGAGCCAGGGUUCGUGACGGACCUGGAGAAAGAGGACUGGAUGGCGGUGAUCGCCAUCUUGACCAAGAAAGCUACCAGUCUGAGGUCUCUGACGAUCACCUUCACUGACGCCGUCGGGCAUCGAGAAUGCGACCUGGAUAGGUCUCCCGAGCUGCUCCAAAGACUUUGCCUACUGGCUGCGGUGGAAGCCCACAUGAACAAUGGCAACUCUUGUCCUGAGCCGAGCAAGUCUGAGCUGGCAUCGAUGAUCCCUGUCAGCCCCUUGGGCGCGGACUUGGCAUUUGUUUGGGCCUUAUCACGCAUGACUCAGCUAUCAAAAGUGGACUUGCGAGGUUUCUGCGGCAUCAAGUGGUACAGCUUUCUUUCAAGCGAGAUGGGCCCAGCCACUGAAGUCAUUGGCCAUGGGGCGAUGGUUUAUCGCGCUCUCAAAGCGCAAGGUGGUCCUAAUAUGGAGGACCGGGCCUCUAGACACUUGUACAGAUUUUGGGCAAAAACGAAAGACUUGGAUCCCUCAGUGGUCGGUCUGACAGACAGAGACACUGAAGAGAUAGACGUGCAUAAAUAG